UUUCACGUCUGACCCCAUAACUGUGUCAUAGGCAACCGAAGCAGCAAGUCAUUCUGACUUUUCUGUUUUCCCAUUCUAUCUCGCACGCGUCUACCCGAUUGGUCGCAUCUCGGAAGGUGCAGCAGCCAUAUAAAAAGUGAAAGGUAAGCGGCAGCUUCUUGUUAUCAGGUUUCUUCGCGUCGACGGUUUUUCUCCAGACAAAAGACGCACACAUGGAUCCUCACAACACGAACGCGGAGGCGAAGAGGUGCCUGCUCAGCCACGCCAAGACUCUGAGGCUGCACACGGGAAAUUUAGUCAACAGAGCCCGACUAAAGAAGAAAUGUCCAUUGUCGCCGGGCGAGGAGCUUCAAGAAUGCAUUCAGGCUACACUGAGCAGCUGGUUCUCCACAAUAGAAGCUCCGACCGAGGAUUUACCUGACACAUUAGAUUGUAACAUCCCCCAGGCCACAGAUGCCGUCAUACCUGAGGAGAGGGAGGAGCUUAAAGUGUCAGCCAAGCUGUUCCUCUUCGAGUCGGGUCAGUCGUCCAUCAGAGAUGCAGUCGAGAUGGCCUGCCAAACGCUGGCCGUGUCCCAGCUGGACUCUGUGAUCAUCGCAGCGCAAAGGCUCCUGGGGGAUGACGUCAAAACGUUGGCUCCUCUUCAGCCAGCGUGGGAGCAGCUGGAGGCGCUAGUCCACCGCCAGAGGAUCGCUGCCAUCGGCACGGCCGACCUGGACAAAGACCUGCUGGAACAACUCUACAACUGGGCUCAGGUCAAGCCCAGCAGCAACCAAGUGAACCUGGCCUCCUGCUGCGUGAUGCCCCCCGAGCUAACCGCCUUCGCCAAAGAGUUUGACAUCCAGCUGCUCACACACAAUGAUCCCCCAGAGCUGAUAUCAGCGGCCACCUUCCGGGAGGCCAUGCAGGAGGGAACGCAGCACGUCGCCGCGGAUGACUGGAGGCUGGAGUGGCUUCUGCGCUACUCCAUCAUCGUCAAGAGCCGCGGCAUCAUCAAGGCUACGGGCUACCUGUUCAGCGCCAGGAAGGCGGAACUCUAGCGGGACGCGGGAUUAGCGGGGGAUCAAGCCAUUUGUCAUAUUUUCCAUUCUACGCUACAUGCAAAUGAACACUUCUGCAAACAUGGAGGCUGCCACUUCCACGUAACUCUGCACAUCAAACAUUUGCUGACACAUACUGUCAGAGAGUUGUCGGGAGGUUUUUUUUUUUUUUGGUGAGAUAACUUUUGAGCGGAAUCAGUUUUGGGGUAAAAGAGAGGCACUACUCAGAAAAAAAAUGUAGUGAUAGUGAACUUGGUGAUUUUUGCCGUUGAGCUGCUACUUAACAAGUUUUGCAAAACACACUGAAAUGAUGAACUGUUGGGUAUUUACAAGUUUAGCGAAGCUUCAAGAAAUUCAGCCUUAAAGCCUGGUAAAUCUCAUACUGUUUUUUUCAAGUGAGGCGCAUAACAAUACGGUUUGACACAAAACUUACCUCUAGCACUAGCCAUGUAUGCUAACACAUGGGAUUUUGUUAUACAGGUACAUUGGGAUGGAGGGGGGUUGCAACUACAGUAUCCUCUAUCAAGUGGUUCGGUUGGUUUCACAAUGACAGUCUGUACAGCGAAUCUAAUGUCAACGUCAAAGGGAGUUUGAGUUCCUAAUUACUGUAUUGCAUUGUGAUUCGCAGCUUUACUGGUGGGUCAUUUAGAGGUUUCCUGAACCCUCUUCAAAUGUGAAAUGAUUCACUGCAGUUGAUUAUCUCGUCCGCAUACCUGCUCUGAUAACCAAAUUUUCAUUAUAUCGAGAAGAAACUGUUAAAAAAUCAUUUGUUCCUAUAAUCAUUUGUAUUUUGUGAAAAAAAUGGCUUAUCAAGUUCAGAUUUUUUUCCCACCUACCGUAGUAAUUUGCAGUCCUCAUCAAAAAAAGAAACCCUCACAAUUUUACCUUUGGAAGUUGAGCUAGUUAGCCUUUAAUCUAACAUUUUACUAAUUUGCUGCCACUGUUAUGACCCUAACUGGUGAUUUGUCAUGAGAUGAAAGUAAGAUUUUUAGAUUAAGUUGAGGAUGAUAUAUUCAAUGUUUUUUCUUUUAAUAGUUUGAGAGCUAUGGAAAUACCCUUUUUGAGGUAUUUUUAUUUUCUGAGUUAAAACUUGUUUAAUCCAAUAAAUUACUUGAAAAUAUCUGCUGGUCAUGUUACCUGUACUGCCAUUUGGCAAAAAACGUCUUCAUUAAAAAAUCAUAAUAUUU